CGUCAAUGUUUUUCUGUCUCCCACGAAAACAGUAAUUAUUGUAUGCUUCUAUACAGGACUUUAUAUUGCAUUUAUAUGAACACGCUGCAAUUUUAUUAAUGAAUUUAUUUUAUUUUGAGAGCAUCUUUCUUUGUGUUAAUCUUUCGACCUCGGACUGUUAUUUUUUCUAUCGCUUCUGUUCUCGGCUGUUUUGGAUUUUCGAUCUUGGAGAAGUGAAAACUAAUGCCAGCCAGAUAUAGGUCCACACCAUGAGGAAAGAAGCUUUUUGGAUGACUAUUUGAAAAUAUGAUAUUUUCAUUGAUUUUAUUCGCUCUGCGCUUAUGGCUUGCACGUGUUGAUUCUGAUGCGGAUGUAGUGAAGUCAGUGUCAGUGAUGGAGGGAGAUUCUGUCACUCUUCACACUGAUCUUGCUAAAAAACAGACAGACAUUACAAUAACAUGGAGUUUUGGACUUGAAGCGACUGUUAUAGCUGAAAUCUUGAAAAGGGAUCAAAUGAACCAUUUCUGUGUUAGUAAGGAUGGGAUAUUUAGAGAUCAUCUACAGAUGAACAAUCAGACUGGAUCUCUCACCAUCACAAACAUCAAAACUGAACACUCUGGACUUUAUAAGCUAAUUAUUAGCAGGGACAAGAUGUCAUUUGUUAGUUUUAUUGUUAAUGUACAUGCUCGUCUGCCUGUUCCUGUGAUCUCCAGAAACUCUUCUCAAUGUUCUUCAUCAUCAAAAAGAUCUUCAAAAUGUGCAUUGUUGUGUUCAGUGAUGAAUGUGACACAUGUGAGUCUCUCCUGGUACAAAGGAAACAGUUUAUUGUCCAGCAUCAGUGUGUCUGAUCUCAACAUCAGACUCUCUCUACCUCUGGAGGUGGAACAUCACGAUACAAACACAUACAGAUGUGUCGUCAACAAUCCCAUCACAAACCAAACACAACAUCUAGACAUCAACAAUGUCUGUAAAUCAUGUUCAGCACUCAUGAUGAAGCCACACUGGGUGGGAAUCACAGUUUUUAUUGUAAUGCUGGUUAUGACGACUGCAGCUCUGGGUGUAAUGUGGUUUCUCUACUACAGGAAAACUAGACACAGAGUUCAGACUCAUGAUGAGGAAGAGCUUCAUUAUGCAGAUACAACAUUUAGUGCACGCCAUAAUGAGAUUUCGAAAGCUGAUGAACACACGGUGUAUUCAAGUGUUGCUCUGAGUUGACGUCAUCCUCAUAUCAUCUGUGCGUCUUCAUUAUGAACCAGACAUUUAUGUUGUACAUAUUUAUGUUAUGAUGUUUAAAUUGUACAUUUUUGUAUGUUAUGCUGUUGUAUUAAUUUAUUUUGUAAUUACUUUAAAUGGUAAUGUUGGUUUUCUAUGAAUGAAUGAUCCACAAAUAUUUUAUUGUUUCAUACCCCACAUGGACAACAUGUGACGGUUUUAUGGGAUUUUGGAGUUGGAUAGCUUCUUCCGCCACAUUUAACUUUCUUUUAAUCUAGAUCUUUUGACUUUUUAGUGGUUUUCGUAAAGUAAAGUAAAUGGUUUUUGAUGACACAAGUGAAAAAAUAUAUAUAUAUAUAUUUAUAUUUUUCCAUUUAGUAAGAUUUGUUUUACUUGAAGCAAUGUUGCAAUACUGUUGUUAACCUCUAGGUGGCAGUAUAACCAAACGAAUUAGUGUGCAUGAACCUGGGGUAGAAAGAGGACAGGUGAUAUAUAAAAAAAACAGUGAACAUAAAGGUUAGUAGUUUGAGUAUUUGUAAGGAAUAGAAGUUCAUUAAAAUAAGACAGGAUAUAGGUUGUUCAUACAAUAUAAACAAUAUGUUGUGGCCUCAUUGAGAUUAUCUAACUGCAUUUUGAAUGCAUUGUAUUUGGAUGCACCAGCUUGAAUCCAGAGGGACUCUUUGUGGAAGCUGUUUGAUGCUUUCUGUUUAUUCCUGGUUUUAAUAAAUGUUAAAUGAAACGUGAAGAUUUACGAGUGCAAAAACUGCAAUAAGUUAGUCUGCAAGACAACAUGCAAAACGAUUUUAAUGUUUCAUUUGACAUUUAUAAUCAAUAUCAAGAGCAACAAACACAUUUCUGCCUAAAUCAGCCUUUAACUUUUUUUCUCAUUUGUGAUGUAUUAACUUUAAAUUACAUUUCAUUUAAAUGACAUUAAUCUUACAACAUUAGGUUAUAUUGGUGUUAUUAUGGCACAUUUGAGCAACAUUAAACAGUCUUUGUAUUAAACCAU